AUGGAAUUGCUGACAGCAGAGGAAACCAGGAAUGGGACAGCCGUCUGGGAGUUUAUCCUCGAGGGGUUCCCCGUGCCCGAGCACCUGAGGAUCCUCUUCUUCCUAGUGCACUUGCUGGCCUACUUAGCUUCUGUCAUGGGCAACCUGCUCAUAAUUGCCAUCACCUGUGAGGACCAUCGAUUACACACGCCCAUGUACUUCUUCCUCAGCUCGUUCUCCUUUGUGGAGUGUUGUUUUAUAACUACUGUUAUCCCCAAGAUGCUCACCAUCUUUCUGUCAGGGAGGCAAACAAUUUCCUUUGUGGCCUGCUUCACACAGGCAUUUGUCUUUUUUUUCCUGGGGGCAACUGUUUUUUUCCUUAUGGCUGUGUUGUGCCUGGACCGGUAUCUGGCCAUCUGCAAACCUCUACAUUAUCCAACCAUCAUGAGCCCAAGGAUGUGCUUCUGUCUCGUUACUGUCUGUUUAGUUUUGGGAAUCCUCUUCAUGGCUGGUCCACUUGUGAUGCUUUCCCAUUCAUUUUACUGUGGCCCCAACGUUAUUCCUCACUUUUUCUGUGAUUUUGGACCACUGGCUAACCUCUCCUGUUCAGAAACCAGGACUAUUGAAAUGCUGUUUUUUAACCUUGCUUUAAUUGUGCUUUUUACUACCUUCAUGGUAGCCAUCUUUGCAUACAGCAAUAUAGUGGUCACCAUAGUGCGUCUCCCCUCAGCCAGGGAGCGGCAGAGAGCUUUUUCUACCUGUUCCUCUCAUCUCAUCGUCCUCUCUCUGAUGUAUGGCAGCUGUGUAUUUAUAUACAUGAAGCCAAAGCAAACAAGCAGGCUGGACACCAACAGAGAGGCUGCUCUUGUGAACACGGUAGUGACACCCAUUCUGAACCCUGUUAUCUACACCCUGAGGAACAAGCAGGUCCACCAGGCUGUGAGGGAUGCACUGUCCAGGGUUCAAUUCUACAGAUAUCAGAGGAGCAAUGUACUCUCCUUUUGA